CAAUUCGGCAUCGGCAGUGUACAGUGUACAGUGCGAGCGGUAUUGCGCCUCCAACAAAUAAUGUUUACAUAACAACGCUGCAGCCGCAGUCUGCGAGUAUCGUUGCCGUGAGAUGAGUGGUCGCGAGCUGAUCGCAGCGUAUAAGAUAUGGCUCUUAUUUGGAGCCCUAGCCGAAGUCGUGACGGGCACGGGUUUUGGGAGAUGCCCGGCCUACCCGUCUCUACCGAAUUUUAACGCACAGAGGAUGACCGGCAUUUGGUACGAAGUGGAGCGUUCGUUCUACUUGGUGGAGAUAGCCGCGAGUUGCACCCGCCUUAAUGUCACCCUUAACGACAGGGGUUACUUCCAGAUCACCGUCGAUUCUGUCAACAGAUGGACAGGAAGCCAGUCAACUUCAUACGGCAUCGGCAUUCCGUCGUACAAUGGGUCGUCAGUGUUUCGAUAUAAACUAAACAACCGCAUGCCUUAUUUGAUUGGGAGGCUGCUCCCGGGCGCGGGGCAGUACAACAUACUCUUUACGGAUUACGACCAGUUCGCGCUCGUCUGGUCCUGUAGUAGCGUCAGUCUUGCGCAUUCAGAUCGAAUUUGGGUGUUAGGCCGAAAACAAGAGAUCGAAGCGGACGUCCGAGUUCAGAUCUACGCCAUCAUGCAAGAACUGAGACUGGACCCAGACAGGCUGUUCAUAUCCAAAAACACUAACUGCACCGACUCAUUGGAGGCUGAAUAAUUAAAAGUCAUAACCAAAUUCAAAUUUAAAAAAAAAACCUUCAUUUUUUCAAUUUGUUACAUUAAUCACGUUUGUUUAAAAAAGCGCACGUAAAUUGCAUUUAUAUCAAGCUAUUUAUUGCAAUUGGGUUAAUGAGACAGUUCUAAGUAGGUAUAUAAGGUACUAAGUAAUGUUAUAAACUUUGCAAUCUCCUAUGUUUUUUAAUUAGUUAAUAUAUUAAUAAUACUAUUUUUUCGUAUUAUUUCAUCAUUAAGCUCACAAUUGCUUUGUGGAUUUGCAUUUGAACCUGAUGGACAGGGGCGCCUGUGGCUUAUUCUAAUUGUUUUAACUAGUUAUUCCGCUAUUAAUUCAUCUCAGAUCGACUAUUGCUGUUACGGUGCCAAUUACUUAUUUAAUGGGCAUAGUUAUAACUUCAACUUCAUCUCAAUGUUUCAAGCAAAAUGUAUUAACCCUUAGGGCCUAUGCACACCACGUUUUUUAAACGCGCCGUCGACGCGCUUUUUAGAAACGCGUGUCGACGGCGCGCUUUUAUCCUACUGAGUGGUUUGUUGUCGUUUGUAUCGAUACGAACGCGAUGCUAACGCGCAUGUGUAUCGAUACAAACGCGUGUUAGCAUCGCGUCUGUAUCGAUUCAAACGCGUAUUUGAAUGUAUACAGGUGUGCAAAGGUCUACAGGCUGCGUCUGACUUGCGUGCGUAUCGCGAGUGUAUCGCUACAAACGCACGUCGACAGCGCGUUUAAAAAACGUGGUGUACACAGGCCCUUAGCUGCACUGCAGGUCACCGGCGUCCUACGCGGCGAACUGAAGUCAUUAUGUCGAUUUCUGUUACUAAGUGCCUGCAUUGUCUAACUUUGCCUUCUUUUGUUCGUUAACGUAUGUUUUAGUAUUUUAGAUCUCUUAGAAAUAAAUUCAUUCUCAGUAUCUUCAUAUUCGUCUUUCGCAGUCUACUAGACAUUGCGGCGGUGACUAAGGAGUCACAGAAAUCGGCAGAAUUACUUCAGUGCACCGCGUAGGACACCCGUGACUUACACGGCAGUCAAAGGGUUAAAGCAAGGGCCAUGUUUACACCAUCUAAUGGGCUCGUUUGACAUGGUCUCGGACGAAAAUGAUACGAAAUAAAACUGACGAAAAAAUGAUCAAAAAUC